AUGGAAAUUAUUUGGAUUAUUUGUUUGUUUCUUACUGGUAUGGUGUAGUGAAGUUCAUGAUUUUGCUGUCUGUGGCAGACAAUAGACUUAAAUAGUAAGAACAUCCUCUUAUGAAAAGACUGCAUAGAAGUGAUUAGGGUGCCCUCAAAAGUAGGGAAACACUUGUUCUAGAGGAAUAACAAAAAAGGAAACUUUAGCAAGGGCAGUUAUAGAAAAGGAGAAGACAAAGACAGAGCACCAAUAAGAUCUAUUGUGGUUUUGAGAUAUAAUUCCCGGCAAACUCUACUGACUCCCUCCCACAUAAGUCAGUUAAAGAUGUUUCUAAAACAUAGGAAUUGAACUGUAUUUUGAUAAUUUUUCAAUUUAUUAACAGGAAGAAUUUGUUUAAUAGUUUUAAGGGGCCUGAGACAGCAUGGUAGAAAUACAUGGUACAUAGUACCAACUCAACUCUUAUUUCCAGUAUUUCUAAGUGCUAUCUUGAGAUUUAUCAAAGCUUCAAAUUAAUUUGCCUGGCCUUGGAACAAAUGGGCUAUCAGCUAGGGAUAUGAAAGGAUUUAGAAGAAAUUUUCUCAUUCCUAUAUAACUAUUGUGUAGAUAUGGGAUAGGGAGAGGGCAAAAGGGCUGCUUAGAAAAUUACCAACAAAGGAGGUCCUGAUAGAUGGGGGGAUAGGGUUUGUCUGCUAUCCAUGGACUGACUCACUAAAGAGGUGAAAAAGGUGUUGAUCAGCCCUACACAUGAACAAUCUUCUAAAGGAGAGAUUACAAUCUCAUAGAGAGGCUAAGGGCAAGUCCACAUAAAUUUCCUUAAGGAUUUUGUAAACCUGAAGGAGACACUUAGGAACACCAGAAGGGACUUCUGAUGCUUUUGGUUAUUUCUGCUCCUUUGGCUGGGUCUUGUACUCUUACAUCAUCACCAUUACCAUCAUCACUUAUGCUAGUUUUAAAGUUUACAAAGCAUUUUUCUUCCAACUACCUUCAUGCAAAUGAUUUUUUUAUUAUCAGGAAAUUGAGAUUUUUAAAAGUUGAGUGCCUUAACCAGGAUCACAUAGCUAAAUAUCAAAGGCAGGGGUCCAAAUCCAAGGCUCCUGACUCAAAGUACCCCACUACUAGAGAUGCUUCAAAUAUUUGACAAAGAGGUAUCUUUUGAAAACUAAUAAGAAGAUUAUAUGUUGUCUGACCAGGUGACUGAGCUGGGAUGGAUUAUACCCUGGAGCCAAAUGUGUCCGUGACCACAGAAGAUUAUUAUCCGGAUGAGCCAGCUAGCCCCUGCCACACUGCAUUCACCCAGAAGUCCAGCUCUCUGCUUCUUGCGUUGCUCUACUGCCUCCUCUUUGUCUUUGGCCUGCUGGGGAACAUCCUGGUCAUUCUGGUGCUGGUAGCCUGUAAGAAGUUGAGAAGCAUGACUGACAUGUACCUGCUGAACUUGGCCAUCUCUGACCUGCUCUUCGUGUUCUCCUUCCCCUUCCUGACACACUACACUCUGGACCAGUGGGUCUUUGGGAACACCAUGUGUAAGAUCAUCUCGGGCGUCUAUUACAUCGGCUUCUUCAGCAGCAUCUUUUUCAUCACCAUCAUGAGCGUGGAUCGGUACCUGGCCAUCGUCCACGCGGUCUACGCCUUGAAGGUGAGGACAACCAGGAAGGGCAUGGCCAUCAGCCUCCUGGUGUGGCUGGUGGCUGUUUUAGUCUCUGCCCCUGUGCUGGUGUUUUACCAGGUAUCUUCAGAGGAGGGGACGCUCAAGUGCUAUUCCUUCUAUGGAGACAGAACUAGCGAGUGGAAACUCAUCACCCACUUUGAAAUCAAUAUCCUGGGCCUUGUCAUUCCACUCACCGUCCUUGUGUUCUGUUACACCAACAUCCUGAGGCACCUGAAGGGCUGUCAGAACCACCACAAGAUCAAGGCCAUCAGGCUGGUGCUCAUCGUGGUAGUAGCAUUUUUCCUUUUCUGGGUCCCCUUUAACUUGAUGCUCUUCCUGAAUUCCCUACACAGCCUGCACAUCCUGGAUGGGUGUGAUCUGAGUCAGAAACUCACCCAGGCCACCCAGAUAACUGAGGUCAUCUCCUUCACCCACUGCUGCGUCAACCCUAUAAUUUAUGCUUUUGUGGGGGAAAAGUUCAAGAAGCACCUCUCUGAAAUCUUUCGGAAAUACAAGAGUUAUUUCUGGGUAUACAAAGAAAGCUAUUUCUCCCAAGAACACACGGACAGAUUAUCUGUACAUAACUCACGUUCCUCCACCACAGACUAUAUUUUGUGAAGCAGAAUGGUCCUGAAAACCCAGCAGAAAGUAUUUGUGAGGGAUUCAGGGAUUGGGGAAGGAAGCAGGGAGAAGAUGCUUUGUUUACAAGGAAGAUAGAUAUUUGCAAUUUUCAAGUCUCUUCUAAUAUGGAUUUAAUACUAUCUUCUUUCCAUCCUUCACACGAGGCCAUUUGCAAUUUUUUGACUAUAUUCCCUGAUUGAUGCUUUCUUUCGAGGUAGAAGAGUUAGCCCAAACUAAAUUCUGAUCGCAUAAACCAGAGUGUAUCAAGGGUGUGUAUAAGGAUCCUUAAAUUGGGGAUGGUCAGGUUCUAACCAUUGACUUUAAUUUCAUCUGACCAGCAUUGCAAAUAUCAAGAGGUAUAUAUAAUGUAAACACAUUAGAAUGGGGCUCAGAUGAAGCUGCGUUCUAAGCUUGGUUCUGCUGCUAACCAAGUGUGAGACUGUGAAUAAAUCAGUUCACUUCUUUGUGAACAAUAGUUUCCUCCCACCUCCCUGCUUUUACUCAAGUUGCAUCCCUAGUCUGGAUUGCACCUCCCGCUUUACUCACCCUCAUGGAAUAAUCCCCAACUUCCUUCCAAGAACAGGUCAUGGACCACUUUCUUCAUAUGGCUCCUGAUCUACUUUGCCCCCUCCUCACCAAGAUGUUAAUAUUCAGUCUUGUUCUUGAAACAACUUUGUAUUUAGUCAUACGUGUAAAUGUUGAAGCCACUUGGACAAUGUACACUUCCUGUGGGGGGUAGGGGACGGUUUCCUUUGUGUUUAUAACCCCAGAUACAGCUCCCUGCACUUUCUCUUGCAAAAACAAAGGCACUUUUAAAAAAAGUAUUGAAUAGCACUGAAUUGAUUGGAGAAUAUGGGUUCUUUCAGAAUUACCCAUCAUUGUGGCAUAAAAAGCAAGUUUAUUCUGAAUGUUUCAGAGGGCUUUGAAGGAAAUCCAUCCCUGUACAAUCAGAGGGGAAGGCAUUCAAAGCCCAACUCUGAGUCCUGAAAAUUGUGAAAAUCCUGGAGACAACCAUGUUUCAGAACUGAUCUAAUUCAGGGUGGAGUUCUCCCAAACUGAGGGAAUAAAGAGAAGCUGGCAAUGACUGAAGGACAGGACAGAAGGAAACCCCUGCAGGGAUUUUAUUUUGUGAAUUUUGAGAACAAAGUCUAAGCAGGGUAGGCUGGUCCCAGUGGCCAGGCCUCCACUCUACGGAACAAAGAACCAUGAUGGAGUUGAAUGGAAAGGCUUGAUGGUUCAAAGAAUGGCGAUUUCUUGGAGAUCAACUCAAGGACAUUAAAGAUUUGAUUUCCUCCCUGAUAGACAUCUAAAUAUUUUCUGUCUAUAUGCAGUUUUUAUUUGUUGAUGUUUUUGUUUAAAAAAUACCUUAUGAUGAAAACUUCUUUGUGAUAUAUGUCUGUAUAUGAAUUUGUGUAGGUAGGAGGGUGAUGGAGAAUGCCUGUGACUACUGAAAAUAUUCGAAAUUUAAUCAAAACAAAGAACUGGGUUUGGAAUAGCUAGGGUUUUCUGAGUUCAGAGCUAGCAUUUACUUAGUUUGUAGUCUCUGAGGCUGUAUUUGUGAGAAAAGUUGAUAAACCAUAAUGUUUAUAAACAAUUGAUGUUUAUUGAUUAUUGAUCAUAUUUAUCUACAAUGGUAGAGAGAAAUGAUUCAUGUGGAACAGGACCAAUUCACCCAUAGGAUAAAACAAGUUAUAAACAAGGUUGGGUAUGGUUUGCAGGGAUCCUCUAACUUUUUUAAUAGGGCCAGUUCACUGUCCCUCAGACUGUUUUAUUUUCAUUUCACAGAACAAAACAAGCACUUCCAUAUCAUAUAAUAAAAAGACAAUUGCAUAUGAAACUUCAAAGCUACCAUAUACAAUUUACUAUUUCCUUGAAAUAUACAAUAAAAUUAUCAUGUAAAUUUCUUUCCCCCCUUUUUCCUUCCCUUCCCUCCUCUCCCCCAGAG